AUCACUUGCCUGUCGACCAUCGCCACACAAGCAUGUCGAAGGAGACUGGAGGAGUUUUGCUGUUAUAACUUCCAACCUCGCACCGAUCAGCUGUUGAUCGACCGCCCCGGCGAACGAAUGCGAGUAAGAUCAUUCCCGCGCUGAAUCACCCUCGGGAAUCUCCGUCAUGUGGAUCGUCCGGGUCGAUACAGCUGCUCAGGCUGCCAAGAAGGGGUCUCAAGCGAAACCUGCCAGGACCAAGUUCGUCCCGCUACCUGUCAAUAAAACGCUCAAGCUCGGCAGGGGAGUGGAAAAUGACGUCGUCGUGGAUCAUCAAUCCGUAUCCAAAACAGCAGGGAGAAUCAGAUUAGGUAGCUGGGAGGACAAAAUCAGCAAGCAGGGCAAAGUGACCGAAGUACCCAUCGAAUAUUGGAACGAUACCCAAAUCGCCGGUUCCAAGUUGGCCUUGGAACAAGUCCAGAAAGACGAAUCGAAACAAAAGCCCGUGACGGUGCUCCAUCCGCACGAAGGUACCCCGAGAGGCGCCGAAGGAAGGAUAUCUACCGAGGCCGUAGAUGCGGAUUAUCAGGAGUUGAACGAGUGGGGGAAGAUCGAGAUCGAAGAUGGGACUGUUGUUCAUCUUACCAAGAGCGCAAAGAUGGUGUUUACAUGGCGAUCAUACGUUUUCGCGGAUACCGAUCAGACGGCUGCCAAGAUCGAGCUAGCUCAAAGGUUGCGAGGAUGGGGUAUCUCUCACCAGAAAAAGAUAAUCCCAGGCUUGACUACCCAUGUGGCAGUACCAGAGAUCAGCGUAGCAAACGACCUCUGCCUCGAAGCGGUCUCUUCCGCGAUCUACAUUGUCCGUUCGGACUUCCUGAACCAGCUCCUCACAGCUUUAGAGUCCGUCUCGCCUCAAGACGGUGUGCUCCUACCCUUGGAGUCAGCUUGCUUGCCUGCAGUCUCCAUCAAAGACGGGCAAGGUAAUAAGAUCACGGAUGCCAGAUCGGAUCCUAGCUGGUGGGAGCCAAACCCAGAAAGACGGAAGAUAUGGGACGGGACGACCGUGCUCGUCCUAGGCGGAGCGAAAAAGUCGCAAGAGGACGUGUUUCUCAAGAACGGAGGCGCUCCGGUACAAUUUCUGGAUGUGACGACCCGUCCGCCUCGGAAUGCAGAGGAUUUCAAAAAGAAGAUCAAACCGUUAUUGACAGCAGCUACCGCGCUGCAUGAAGAGAUCAAGCAGGCGUUGCUUGGAUCUGAUGGGUUGAAAGACGGCUCGGAGUGGCCACGUCCGCCCAUGGUCAUGCUGUACAGAGAUGGAGUUCUGCAGGCGAUUCAAGACAAGUGGGAAGGAGACGAAGAGUUGAUGGAAGUCUUUAUCGAGGCGCCGAAAUCGAUGGGAAUUCCAGUGGAGUUUUCGCAGAAUUGGUGGAUGGGCUUGACGAAACCCGACUGUAUGACGAUAUUUGAGGAGACCGAAGAUGUCUCUAGCCAGAUGACCAGCCGAUUGCCGGCGACACAAAAGUCUACCCAACCAGCUUCACGUUCACGGAUGCUAGAAAGGGCCGAUACCGAGAUCCCUUCCACUCACCCGGAUGAGGAUGCCAGCCUCCACGUCUCGCAGGAGAGCACAGAACCUGCACCUCCUGCCGGUCGAGUUCUUUUGAAACGUCGUGCUGGAGGAAAGAACAAGUUUUCGAUGUUUGACGAUUCGGACAGUGAUGAAGAAGCUCCACCUGCGAAGAGAACGAGGACGCAAGCACAAACUGCUUCAGCUCUACCUAGUCAGGUACCGAAUACAGGCACGUCAACUAGCGAACCUAUGGAGGUUGAUAGGGGAAUCGCAACAAGCUCGCUGCAAUCAAGAAACGGCUUGAAAAGGAGGGCGGGAACUCUGUCGAAGAACAGCUUUUUCGACUUUGACGAUUCUCGUAACGAGGAUGACGAACCAGAAACGAGCACAAAUGACCCUCUCGCCAAAUUCCGUCAACUCUAUGACAGCAACAAGAACAAAAGCGGUGUUCCGGAUUCGAUGCCGCCGGAUGGGAUGGAUUACGAAGAGCUGUACACACAGGCUAAAAGUCAGGCUAGAGCGACGGCCGCUUCGCAAAUGGAGGUCGAUAGCAGUAAUAAUGAAGAUGAUGACGACGGCUUCCUGGCACAUCUGAAACGAAAGACGUUGGCGGAAAAGAAGAAAAAGUCGAGGACUGUAGUGGAGGAUAUUCCUGAGGAAGACGAGGAGGAAGAAGCCGAACAACCCGAUCUCAGAGGCGGUCCAUCGAGAUCUACCGGAACGGUACCGCAGCCGCCCGCUCAAGAAGAGUUCCGCCCGACGCAAAAGACUCUUCCGACCUUGCCGGAAAACGUCUCCAAGGAUGAGAACUUUCUUAAAGCCGCCAACAAGGUCAAACGAGGCAGCAACAAGGUCGACGAGUUUGAUAUGGAAUUCAACGCGCUCAAGAUCUCGAAACCGACCAAGGCGAACAUCAUACAACCGACGACCGCAAGCAAGGUCAGGCAGACGGACGAGGAGCUUUACAGGCUACUAGAAGAUAUGGAUACAUCGACGACGGGAAAUUUCAUUGUCAUCGAGCGGGUCAAUCUGUACCGCAAAGACAAGGAGGCUGCAGCGGCGGAGAGGGCGGCGGCGGCAGAUCCAGCUUGGGCAGGCAAGAAGAAUUUCAAAAAGUUCAGAAAGCAACCCUUGGCCGUCAAAAAGGAUCCCAUACCGAUGACGCUAAAAUCGACCGUUGAUUAUGGGUUGGGCAAGGCAUACUGGGCGAACGAAGGAGUAGCAGCACCAACGGCCGAACCACCCACACAAAGCCAGAUGCCUUCCGCAACGCAAUCUCAAGCGAGGACAGCUGCAUCUACCUCUCAAUCGACUCAACCCAUGGCCAAGGGAAAGAGAAAGCUAUUGGCUGCCGAUUCGGACGAUGAUGACAUCCCGGUCAGACCGGUGCGACGAACGGGAAGGACGCAGAUGUCGGCGACUCCAGAACCGACUCCUGCUGCUACUGCUACUCGCACGCGAAGAGGUCGAACGACGACGCCUUCCGAAGCCGAAGACGCGCCGGCGCCCAAACCGACGAGAGGUCGGAAAAAGGCGGUAGCUGCGAUUCCUUCGAUCUUUGAAGACGACGAGGAAGAACCCGAGGUUCAGGCCUUCACCCCGGUCGAGACGACGACGGUGACGGGCGGUACUCGGAGGGGAACGCGGGCGGGUACGUCGAGGUCCGCAUCGAUAUUGGGCGAAUCGACACAAGCCGAGGAUUAUCUGCCUCAACGAGGUUCGAGUACGGUCACUCCGGCUACGGGAGCGGCGAGCGGUACAGGCACAGUUGCAGCAUCGGGGACGGGGCGUGCGAAUAGGAAGCGGUUGAUGUUGAUUUCGGACGACGAUGAUGAUCAGCCUAUUAUGGCAAAGAAACUGAAGAAACAUUGAGGCCCGAGCAGGGCCCUUGUUCGUUCAAUCAUUGGACACAAAAUGUAUCCCCGCUUCGUCUGAGAGUCCCGUGAUCUCUCGACAACCUCCGGGUGGAAUGUCAUAUGCCAAGAGCUUCCUUGCUGCUGUAUCCUUCCGUCCCCUGCUCUGCUCUACCGCCCUCGGUCUUCGUUGCGCCAAGAUGGACAAGCGGAGAUCAGCCAUGCCGUGAUUUAAGGUUUACGUUACGUGAUUUCCCCAUUAAUCAUCAUCAUCAUCCCUCCAUCGCUCGCCCCUGGCCGGUACGCAUCAUCGCUCGCGAGGGAGGGAGGGCGAUCGAAAGGGAAGCGACGA